AGCAGUAGUCAGUAGUCGAACGACCCCCGAACUCCUCGCUGGAAAUCGCGAGGUGAGGAAGGCCGUGAUGCCGGGCGAAGGUGGCUCAACGGAUGCCCCACCGCCACCAUCUGGCUUGGGCAACUUCAAAGGAGUAAUGCUCUGCAAUAGGCCCAGUGACGACUCCAAAGUCGUCAGCGAAGCAAAGCAACCGUUCAGGUCUGCAGUGGCCUAUACCUCAGACCUGGGCCUUACACCAGUGAGGAACUUUGAGCCGACAGUCAAGAAGAGGGGUCCUAGCGCUGCUCUUCGAAGACAUGUGCGAUGGCUCCGAGAACUUCAACAGCAGAUGCGAGAAGAUCGCGAUCAGGCUGAACAGGAAGGGCAGGAUGAGGAAGAGAAGAGGCAGAAGAUGAAAGCAGCUUUUGACAAGCAUAGAAAAGCAGUCCGUGAUAUGAUGAAGGAAAGAGAUGAUAAGCAAAAGGAGGAGGCAGCCGCUGCCCAAGCUGAAAAAGCUGCAAAAGCCGCAGAGGCGAAGGCAAAGGCAACAGAGAACUCGGUGCCGCUCUCUGAGAUUGCACAUGCUGCGGCGAUCAGCGCCGUGGAUAGACCAGCUCCAAAGGUGUCCAAGCCUCUCUGGGCUAUGACAGAGCAGGAAAAGGAUCACUUUGAGGAGGAGGAGGCCGACGACCUCAUCAACUUUGUUGAACAUCUUGAUUUUGACAAGUAUGUUGGAGACUUGGAAUUUCGGCAGGCGUUGGGAGCUCUGAAAGACCGCACUGGGAAGUUGAAGAAGGAACAGGACGCGUUUAAGGAUGAGCUCCUGGCCAAUUUCAACGUUAGCUACGAUGAUGAGGAUGAGGCAAGCACUGCAGCUGGCAGUGCUAAGCUGGAGGAGGGCGUGGACGGUCAGAGCAUCUUUGGUGACCUCAAGAGCGAGUAUAGUGUCGCAUCCAGCAGACGAUCCAGGAGAGAAGAUCGAGAAAAUGGGCAGAAAGACUGGGACCACUCAACCAACCCAGAUGAACGACCUGUUGUAGAUCAAGAGGUCAAAGACAUGGCUGAGGCGGUCUUGGAGCAGAACCCCAAGUUUAGAGCGAUCCAUUCUGGGGCUUCUGUCCAGAAGAUCAUCGAGAAGGUGCAGAGAGAACCGGCAGCAGAAAUCAAAUUAGUUGAUCACAUGCGCCUUGAAGCUCCCUGCCCUGUGCCGGUGAUCACUGCGUCUUCGGACACACAAACUCGGCUUUUCAAGCCUGUUGACCCAUCAAUGCUCCCGUACCUGCUGAUGACUCUCUGUGUGAAGCAUCGCGCGAAGCGCGCAGCACGGUGAGCUGUUCAAAGAACAAAGUCAGCGAACGGGUCAGCUGGUACUUUAACGAACAUGAUGAGCACGAUCAAAGUGUGCUCCACGUACUCUUGUUUGGCAGAAUCAUGCGUAAUUUGCUGAGCUGUUUGGCAACCAGAGCACCGGUUGGUUCUGUCGGUCGGUUUCACUAAUUCGCGAACUGAGCGAGCACCAGCUUUGGAGCAAAGUCACUAA